CCUUCCUCUCUGAAAUCAAUAAAUAAAAACAUUUAAUAAAAAAAAGAGAAAGGUACAACAAGUAAAUGCAACAUGUGGUUCUGGGUUGGACAACUGACCCAAGACCCAAGUUGAAUACGAGGGUGGAUUAAGUAGAACUAUAUCCGCGUUAAACUUCCUUGUGGUAACUGUACUUAAGUUAGUUAGGUAAGAUUAAAACUGCAUCGCAAAUGUAGUCCACCAAUCAAUAGCCACUAAACAAUAGCCACUGCUCACAAUCGUCUCCUCCUCUCCCCAGCUGCUUAGUGAUGAUUCCGAGAAUCCCUCCACCCUCUUCCCAACAUCAUUUCUAUUCUGCUUUCCGGCCUUUCCUACCCGUUCACCUUCUCUUCUCCCACCUUCUCCUCCCCCGGCUCCUGGCCCCUGUCCUCUCCCUCUGGCUGCUCUGCGCUCCUGGCUCCUAGCUCUCGGCGGCUCCUUCCCCUCCAGGUGCGCCCCGCCGCCCCGCCGCCCCGCGCUCCGCUGUGCGCUUGCGCUCUGCAGCCGCGGGAGCCGGGCCCCGGAGUUGCAGGAACUUCUGCGCUGCGGAGCCGUCGCGCGGGACCCAGGCUCCCGGGCGGAUACCGCGUGGGGCCGGGAGCGGUGGCCGCACUCGCCCUCCGGGCCGCGCUCCUGCCCGCGGCGGCGGCGCCACGAUGGGCUGCUCCAGCAGCGCCCUCAGCCAGGCCGGCGACAGCCGCAGACGCCGCAUCGAAGAAAGUGAGUCCUGCUUUGUCCAACCCAAACCCCAUACAUUGGGAGGAGAAUCUACUAUUUAUGACAAGGCACAAAAGGAAAACCUUCCUCCGUUAGAGAAGCUCAAGAUUUCAGCAGCGUCUACAGCUAAUGGUGUUAAAUCCCUUCAUGAUCAGCCCCUGGCAAAGGACGCUGCAGACCCGCUGGGAUCCCCGGAGAAGAUUCGGCCUUUAGAGGGACCCCAGGAGUCUGGGCCACUUCAGCAAGAUGGCAAAGAUGAAACUCCCGGAGCAGGAGGACAGAAAGAUGUGAAAGCAGUGACAGAGGCCCAGCCUUUGGAAGGAAAUGCCGAGUCGGAACCUUUAGGAACAGAAGCCAGGCAUCAGCCUUUGAGGACAGCCGGCGAGAGGGACUCCCCUGGAGCCGUAGGAGACACCGAGACUCCACAGACUGCCAGAGAGGUGAAACCUCUAAGAAGAGCUGGAAAAAUCCCACCUCUGGAAGCAGGUAGAGGGUCACAACCUCCAGCAAAGCCCCACCUCCUAGACACCGUUCCCACGGAGACGGAAGCUCCAGAAAUAGUGGAAGGACGUCAGCCUGUUGAAACAGCUGAGGAACAUCAACUUCAAGAAACACUGGGGAGGGAUGAGCGAUCCCAACUCCUAGAAACAGCGUCCAAAGGGAAAGGAUUUCUGGAAAUACCGGAAGGAGGUCAGCUUGUGGAAGCAGCUGUAAAGAACGAUUUGAUUCCUAAAACUCCUGAAGGUCUGGUAAACAUGGAGCAGAUUCAACCGGAAGGACUAGUCGGAAGCGUGGAGCGUCCAGCAGGACCUCUGGAAACAGGGACAGACAUGGACAUGGUCAGGAAAAUUCACACCAAAAAGGAGGACCAAAACAUUGAAGGCGAGACAGGCGAAGAGGUUGGAACAGAGAUGGAGAAAGUUAGUGAAAGAGCGGAAACAAAAGAAGAAACAGGAGGAGCUGUGGAUCUUCCAGCAGCCACCUAGAUAGAGCAUGCUGAUGCCAUCAAGAAUUGUUCUGCGAACCCAUCUUGGAAACGGGAAAGACCAUAGAGAUCAAACAGUGAAACGUGGCUUGUCAUUAAAACCGCCGGAGCGCCUGGUCACACGGCUGGUUUUGCUGCUUUGGUGAAGGAAGGAGCUCCCUGGGUCGCUGUGAAUCACUGCUUUUACGUUAGCAUCAAAGACUGGCCUAAUGAUCAUGAAAGAAGUCUUUCCAGUGUCUUAAGAGCCACACUUUAUUUGAAUCACUGCCCUGUUAAGAGCUUCUCUUAAAAAAAAUAAAUAAAUAAAAGGGAGAAUAUAAAGUUGUUUUCUAUUGCAGAUAAAUUCACUGAUUCUCCAAAGAACAAGCCUCAUUGCUCUGUGGAAUUUGGAGGCCACUCGCCGCUUAUGUAAAACUUGGUGAAUCAGGGAGCCCAGAACGCUUGUAGCAGUCUGGGGGGGGGGGGGGGGGUUUAAAAACCAUUGUGCUCACUGCUCCAGCUCUUUAUUUAAGAGAAACAGUAGCACCCUUCUAACUGAUGUUGAUUUUUGUGGAAUUAAUUUUAAAUUUCUUUUAACUCUAAUAUUCCUCCUAGUCUAAGCAUCCUUUUUAAAUUGGGAGAGUUUAAUCUGUUUAAAAUAAUGUGUUCAUUCAUAUACUUAGUUAUUUCUGUUAUCUUAUUCUUAGCUUUUCCAUGUCUUAUUCUUUGAUUCCCCCCUUUUCUGACUUCUGAAGUAUUGAUUGAGUUUUUCUUAUUUCCUAAAAUUCUGGUUUGGCAAUAACAUAUUUUUUCUAAUUUAGUAAUUACUCUUGCAUUGUUACAUACAUAUUUGACUUAAAUUCUCACGUUUAUCCAGCUUCCUCCGAGUAGUACGAGGACUUAGAACUCCAACUCAGCUCUCCUCUCCUGUUAGUUCUAUGAUUUCAGUUCUACCACAUUUCCACUUAACCUCUUCCCAAGCCCCUAGCCCCCAACUUCGUAUAUUUUUAGUUUCUUUACAGUCAGGCGUAUUUAGAUUUACUUACAUGAUUUUUUGCACACACUCCUUAUUGAGGUAUAUUUUUUUUGUGUGUGUGUGUCUUUUUUUUUCAGCAGGGGCUUGUUUAGUUUUUUUCACUUUGCAGAGUUCUUUAUGGUCCUCUGCCUUGGUCAUUGCUGACGUGGUGUUUGCCGUCAGUGAUGUCUUGCCUUUCUAGGUAGCCUGUUUCCUCCCUGUUUGAUGUUAAGGGUUUCUCUCUGCCUUUGAUGUGUUCUGCACCCAGUAUAACACAAGGCCCCAGGACAUGUAGCACCCUUUCUUACUGCUUUGCCAGGCUAGUGGAGUUUCUAGUCCUCUUCCACCGCUUCUCACUGUAGCCCUUCCUAGGCUGUCGAGGGGUCUCUUCCCAGUACCUCAAACUUAUACCCCCAGGACAUCACCUUCUAAAGUAGGAAUUUAGAACCCCAGCUCCUAGGGCCUGUAUCUAGGUCUCAAAUCCCCAUGGACUUCAUAUUUCAGCUCAUUCUUUUGGCUCUGAUUCGAUUUCUCUGUUUGUGCCUGGCACCUGGGAAUCUCCCUUUUCAGACUCACCAUUUAAAAUGUGUUUAACAGGAGGAGAAAGGGCCUUGAAAACAAGAGUUCUUUUCUUUCUUAAGAGUUAUUUUCUAGUGGAAUCAAAGACUUCUGAGACAAGGAGACUUCCAGAGUGCUAUUGUAAGUGUUAGUUGAAGUGUAUAAUAUGCCCACAGCUCUAACUUCUUACUGAUUGCUUGUCUGCCUAGUCCGCCCAGGGACUUCAAGGGCUCUUUCUCAUAUAUGCGUAGCCCACGUGGAGUGGCACUGAGCUCUCGUUACCCGUUGAACUUGAGGUGUCUGUCGAAGCCUGUGAUCAUCUCAGGCAUGUCCAGAUUAUAUCGGACUAACUACCCUAGAAGGAGUACGUGAUGCUUCUGUAAACUGAUCUUUCUACAGAAAAACUCUGCCGUGAUCUAAGGCAGCGGUUCUCCCAGGGCGUCCCUGAAUCCUCAGAAGCCACAUUGCCUGGGAUCGUACAGUGCACACUGUUCCCAUGCCAUUGGUUAGAUAUCUUCUUCUUCAUGAUUCUUAAGUUAAAGUUUGAGAAAAUGUUUGGACUCGGGGUGGUCCAGUGAUGGAUACUUUCAAUAAAUAGGUGAAGUAUGAAAAAAAAGUGGGCAAAUGAUUUGAACAGAUAAAAGAAGACAUAUGAAAAGCUAGGGAGUUCUGCAUAUGAAAGAUACCCAAUAUAUUAGCUAUUUACAGAAAUGUAAACCAGAACCACAAUAAGACACCACCACACACAAUAGGACAUGAUUGACAGUAUUGGUGAGGAUGUGGAGCUCCUGGAACCCUCAUACAUUGUUGGUGGGAAUGUAAAUAGUAUAGACACUUUGGAAAAUAGUUUGGCAGUUUCUUAAAAUUUUAACAUACAAUCCAGCAUUUUCUUUCCCAGGCAAGAAAAAUUAAAAGUCUAAAGACUUUACAUGAAUAUUAAGAACAUCAUUAUUAUUGACAGAAAAAAUUAAAAAUUUUUUAAAACAACCACAGAUAGAUUCAACUAAAGGCUAUAUAUUAUUUGAUUCUAUUUAUAUGAAAUUCUAGAAAAGAUAAAGGAAUAGCAGCAGAAAUUAGACUAUUGGCUGCCUGGGCCCAUAAGAACAAGGGAAU